GAGGCGUGACCGUGCAAGACCUGAAUUUAAAUCUACACCCUGCUUUAUUUUUCGCAUUCAUUGAAUCUUCCUCGCCGUAUGUUACGUUAAGAGCAGUGCAAGCAAGCGGUUACAGCUAUGGCCAAUUACAUUCAUGUCCCUGAAGGCGCGCCUGUGGUUCCAAAAUUAGACGUGACCGUAGACGAGCACGAUUUCAGAGCCGGGGCGCUGAAACUGAUCAAGACUCUAAGACCCCUCUGGAAACCCUCGGAGGUCAAAAUUAAGUCCUUCACUGACGGUAUCACGAACAAACUGAUGGGCUGCUAUGUUGGUGGCUCCAUGCAGAACGUGGUCCUGGUUCGUGUCUACGGGAACAAGACGGAACUGUUUGUGGACCGUGAGAAUGAAGUGAAGAGCUUCCGAGUUCUCCAGGCCCAUCGCUGCGCUCCACGCCUCUACUGUACUUUCAAUAACGGCCUGUGCUAUGAGUUUCUGCAGGGCGUGGCCCUGGAGCCGGAGCACAUCCGCAGCCCAGCCCUCUUCAGGCUCAUUGCAAGGCAGAUGGCCAAGUACCAUGCCAUACACGCCCAUAAUGGUUGGGUGCCACAGUCAGACCUCUGGCUGAAGAUAAGCAAGUUCUUUUCACUUGUUCCUACACACUUUAAGGACCCUGAGAUGGACCAAAGGCUGAACAGUGAGGUCCCCAGUGCUGUGUGUCUUAGAGAUGAGAUGAUCUGGCUUCAGCAUAGCCUUUCUAAUCUGGGUUCCCCAGUUGUUCUUUGCCACAACGACCUGCUCUGUAAGAACAUCAUCUUCCACCAAGAGGAAGAAAAUGUCAAAUUCAUUGACUACGAAUAUGCUGGGUACAAUUACCAAGCCUAUGACAUUGGGAAUCACUUCAAUGAAUUUGCAGGUCUGAAUGAGGUGGACUACAGCCUGUAUCCUGGGCAAGAGUUCCAGUUGCAGUGGCUCAGGGCCUAUCUGGAGGCUUACAAGGAGUACAAAUCACAGGGCUCACAUGUCUCCAACACUGAAGUGGAGGUGCUAUACGUGCAAGUCAACCGCUUCGCCUUAGCAUCUCACUUCUUCUGGGGACUGUGGGCGUUAAUCCAGGCUCAAUACUCCACCAUUGACUUUGACUUCUUGGGAUACGCAGUUCUCCGUUUCAGCCAGUACUUCAAGAUGAAGCCGGAAGUCACAUCACUCAACCUUCCAGAAUAAUUUCUCAGGUUACGGUUUGCACUACUCUCUAGUGAAGGGCUCCCUCUGGUGGACACAAGGACUAGCUGGAGAGCUCUUCGGUUUUGUAGACUGAACACUGCAUUUACCUUUCUGAACAUAUCACUUUACACAAGCCCCCAAUCACGUUUGAACUCAACACCUCAUAUGGUUGGUUUUAGUGUUAUAGAAAGCCAAAAACCUAAGGUCUGUUAAAAAAAGAAGUCACCCUAGUGCCCUAGUUUUCCAACAAUGCCAGUGAAGUGCUAUUGCCAGCAAACAACUGGCACUCUGCUACCACGCACAAUAUAAGGAGGCUUACUCUGGAGCCUUGACUUGCCCGUGUAUUUAAAGAGCCCUGGAGAAUAUGAAAUAAAGAAACCCCUUACCUACCCUCCGUAGAUACCAAUCCACUUUCCAUCAGAGGACCUCAGUAACAAUAAAUAUCAUGCAAAAAAGAGAGAGAAGGGCCACUUGGUUUAUUUUUCAUUCCUACUUGUUUACACAAAUUUUUAAGGGAAGAAAUCUGUGUACUGUAAGGAAACUUUUGGUUACUGUACAGAGAGUCACUGAUGCUAUGUGGUUCUGUCUGAAUGGCAAACUUCAGGCCUGUCUGCCCUUUUUACAAGGGUUAUUCCUGGCACAGAUGUGGUAAGAUGUGUAAUUCAGGGACCAAUAGAUGCGUCAUUGUUUCCGAAUUAAGAUUCCUCCCAAAUUCUGUCGCUGUGAACCACUGUACCGUAUUCAUUCAUUUUCUCAAUGUUUUCUCAGCCAUGGCUACAAUGAGUUGGUGGCUAAUCUGAAGCCCACACCGAAGUGCUGAUAUUUCAUGCUUUGUACAUGAUGCACAGUAUAUUUUCCCACAUAGAUAAAUAUAUGGGGUGAUAUUAACUGUUUGAAAGGUGUUUGUUUUUUUUUAUACUUAUUUAAAUGAGACCGCUAGUGAGCUGCUUUAUGUUUGUCUGGGAGGUAUUGGUGAACUGUUUUUAAUGGAUGAACUGUUCUCCCAGAGGCCUUAAUGAUGGUAUCGCCCGCUGGACCCAAUAAAGCUUUCAAUUCUUACUCUGAACUCCACUUACUCCACAAUGGCUAGAUGCCUUGUUUGCUCAAUUUUUUGAGAACACAAUCAGUCCUCAUUUUACCUCUCUUUCUGCCUGAAAUGGUGGGAGUAGAGAUUUUAGUAGCACUUCAUUUUACAGUGUCCCUGUUACACAUAUUUCUGUUGUAAUUAUAAUAACUAUUACAAUAACAAGUAGCUCUGCAGUAAUUAAAUAGUAACUACAUGUUCAUUAAUAUUACUUAGUACUUGCAUGAACAAUGUAAUAUAAAGUGUGACCAAGGUGUUUUCAAGUGCAAAUCUCAGCUCUGAGACUAAGUGCUUACCUUUGCAUUGCUUGGCUGCAUCUCAUUUACCUCUGUAUUCCAGUGUCAGUUUGCCCAUAUUACAAACAACCAUAUACAAUACUGUAAAUACUAGAAACUGUGAAAUCUGGUUGUUGUUUUUUUUUAAUUCUGAGAUAUGCUUCUUUUUAUAUGCCAAUUCUUUGGUAACUGUCAAGGAUCACAGAAUGCUACAUUUUUUCUUCUUCAUUUUAUGAGUAAUAUAACGUAAUAAUAUGCUCAGAAAUGUGUACAAAGAUCCUAAUAUUGGGAAACAUCUAACAGCUAGCUAUUACUGAAAUUAACUGAUUUCUUUGCACUCUUUAUAAUUUGUAUGAAACAGAAUGUGACAGGAAGUUCCAAACUUUCAGCAAAUGAAAUACUUCUGUGAACGUCGUACUUUGUACUGAAUUGCCUCAUGCAAGUAUCUACUGGCAGUUUUACUGUAGGUGUUAGCUAUAUGUUCAAAUGUAAACAAACUGUUAAAAAAAAUCUUUGUUUAAACUAUGUCCAUGUUUUUUUCCCUAAACAAAUGUACUGUUCAUCAGAUUUAAUAAUCUGGGGAUGAAAUCCUUAAGUGUUGCAUUUAAAGUCUGUAUCAAAUCAUGUGAACAGAAAUAAAAU